UCAGAAAAAAAAGUUUGUUGUUCCCCCUAACAUUAUAACGGGCUGAGUUUUUGCAUCCAGUCAGACUCUCUUCUCUCUCAGCGCAUUUUUCCACCCCGUCAUUUUUUCAACGACUUUUCUCCUAAGAUGAACUCUAUUGCUGUGAUCCUCGCUGUCGGACUCUGCUUUGCAGUCGGUCAAGCGCUCCAGUGCUACAAGUGCCCCCUUGGCAUUUGGAACCUGUGCGUAACUACAAAAACCACUUGUGAAAGCGGGGAGGUAUGCUACAAUAGUGUGGGAUCAGGUGCCGUCAUAAUCAAAAGGAAGGGUUGCACUAAUGCUACUACUUGCAACACGCCCGACCUUGUGACCUUUGGCAGCAACACCACCUUCUACACUUUGACCAAGACGUGCUGCAACACAGACCUAUGCAACAUGGCCCCAGGCCUACCCGGGGCCUCUGGGCUGAGCCUGGCAGCUGUCACCAUUUUUUAUUUGCUUGUAGCCAACCUAAUGGCUUAACUUACUGAUACAAAGUGCACACAUCCAUAUUGUACUAUUGGCACUAGACCUAUACUUUUUUUUCUGCAUGGUUUAAGGUGCAUUGUAAUUUUUUAUAUGAUUUAAGUCUCCUAUGUAUUCCUACAUCUAUUAGCCCUCCUCCGGUUGUGGAGGGCUAGUAAUAAAUUUACUUCAGUUGGGUUUUGCAAAACAUUAAUAAACUGAAUUUACAAGAUGGCCGUUUCAAAUUAGUGUUUUUACAUGUCAGGAAGUAAUUGUAAUGACAAUUUGCAAGACGUUAUUUGAAAAGUGUGACCCCUUAUUUACAAGGUUAGCAAUAGGUUAGCAAUAACUUAGCUUUAGUUAGCCAAACUUGGCUAACUACGCUAAGCUAUGGUGGACUGAUGGCAAAAUUACAUCCUCCACCAAGUAGCUAUUUGUUUUUGAUGUGGUGCCUUACUUUUAAAGAAACAAAAUCUUUUGUAGGUAUUUAUUAGUUCUACAUAUUAUUUUCGAAACCAAGAGUCUUUCAUCUGACUUACUCUACCCAGAAUAGAUUUAAAGCCAAAUAGGCAAAGAGUAGAUAAAAGGAGGAAACUGAUUAAUUUGGUUAUCUCUAAACUUAGAAAUAGAACAGAUAGACAAGCAGCAAAAUAAUUGUCAGCAGUUAGCUUAGCUAAGUUAACCAUGUUAAACUAACGUUGCCAUCAGAUAUUCUGUGAAGUACUAUAUUUGUAUCUGGCUAUUAGGUUUAAGAACAAUAAACUGUUGAAGGCAGUUCUGCUUAUUUUAAAAUAAAUUUUCAGCUAAUAGUUGUAGAAAAAAUAGUAUGGGUUUGGUCUUGAAACACUUCUUUUUGUAUUUCUUGGUUGUUAUUUUUUUUUUGUAACAGUCCAUCACCUUUUUUGUCUUUCUUUUUAAAUGAAAACAAAAAGACACAUGACUCCAUCAGUUGAAUUUAACAUCUUGUUGUUUGUGUCAAAUCUGUACAUUUACAUAAGUUUACCAAAAACAACAGAAACUGGGAUGACAGUUUUUACAUAUGUUUUCUUUUUGUGUAUACAACUUGAGUGGGCUGGGUGAGAUAUGAAUUGCACUUCUUACAGAUGCUGAGGUAUAUGAAACUGAGAUUCAUAUGUUAUUUACCCUUAAUUUCCUCUUUUAUUUUCCAUAAUUGUAUUUUGUCUUACCUUCUCUGGGUGUUUUUGUCAAUAUUUACAAAUCCAGAGUUUUAUUUCUGACUUUAAGGUGAAAUAAUUCCAGUGAAAUUGGGUUUAACAAAUAUAAAUAAAAUUGAUAAAUUGGAAACAAUAA